CAGCAUUUUGACGAGGAAAGUUGACCCAUCCAAAUCACUAGAUUUGCAAGCAAGUCUCGGCACUCGGGUAGAGGACAACACAUCACUCAAUCAAACGACAAGAAAGGAAACAAACCUAAGCGUUUGGAAACUUACACGAAAAAAGAGCAGAACCGCAGUGAAGCAGACUAGAAAACAAGGAUAACAGAAAACCAUGUCGGCGCAUUACCCAGCCCAGCACUCGUCAGCGCCUCAUGGCGCCCCGUCCGGAGGACACCCGCAGGGUGGAGCACCCGUUCCUGACUCUUAUUUUACCGAAUCGAAGAAGGGAGAAGUGAACGAGCUCCGCAAUCUUCUCCGCAACUUCGCGACUGAACGCAAUCCAAAGCGCAAGCGCGACAUCAUCAAAAAGGUCAUUGCUUACAUGACACUCGGCAUAGACGUCUCUAGGCUCUUUACGGAAAUGAUGCUGGCCAUCGAGACGCGCGACCUGGUCAUAAAAAAAAUGGUGUACCUGUAUCUAUGCAACUACGCGUAUUCCCAUCCCGAGCUGGCCCAGAUGUGCACCAACACGCUCCAAAAGGACUGCGGCAACGAAGAUCCGAUGGUACGUGGGUUGGCCUUGCGGAGUUUGUGCUCCCUGAAUCUGCCGCAGAUGGUGGAGUACAUCUCCGAGCCGCUGAGAAAAUCAUUGCAGGACCACCACGCCUACGUGCGAAAGACGGGGGUCAUGGGGAUCCUGAAAUUGUUUUAUCUCGAUCAACAGGCCUUUCAGGAAUGCAAUUUUACCGAUAUCUUGUACGAUAUGCUCCGCGACGUCGAUCCCACCGUCGUGGCCAAUUGCAUCCGGGUGCUCAACGAGGUCAUGGCAAAAACCGAAAACGGAGGAAUGGCCAUCAAUCGGGCCAUCAUGCUUCAUUUGCUGAACCGCAUCCAUGAAUUUACCGAGUUUGAUCUGGUCUGUGUCUUGGAAUUGGUACCCCGAUACAUUCCCGCGAAUGCCGAAGAAGGAUACCAGAUCAUGAACCUUCUCGAUCCCGUCCUCAAAUCAUCGAGUAGUGCCACAGUGUUGGCAACGGUUAGAGCUUUUCUCUCCAUGGUCGAAUCGAUCGCGUCUACGCCCGAGGAGAUGCAAGAAAUCAAACAACAAAUCGUAGCCAGAGUCAAGGCACCCCUCGUUACACUGGUGGCGAGUGGAUCCAACGAAUCUUGUUACGUGCUUCUGAAACAAGUCGAAACUCUCGUAGAACUGUGUCCCGGAUCGUUCGACGACGAAUAUCGCCAGUUCUACACCCGAUUUAGCGAACCCACCAACGUCAAGUACCUCAAAGUCCAGAUCCUUCCACUCCUAGCUAAUCCCGAUUCGGCGCCCGACAUUGUGGCAGAAUUGGCGGAAACGGUGAAUGACAACAAUAAGCAUCUCUCACGACUCGCUAUUCAGAGCAUGGCCAAGAUUGCCUGUCGCAACACCGGGGGACCCGGUGCGGCCGAAUCGAUUGCCCAACGCAUGGUUGACUUUCUCGACUUUAAUGUUCAGCACAUUCAAAGCGAGGCUGCCACCGGCCUUACUCUCAUGGUCCGAAAGCACCCCGAUCUCAAACCCGUUUGCUGCCAGAGUCUUGCGCGUAGUCUGCGCUACGUCGAGGAGGGAGAGGGGAAAGCCAGUAUCAUCUGGUUGCUCGGAGAAUGCUGUGAUCUUGUUCAGGAUGCUCCCUACGCGCUAGAAAAACUCAUCGACGACUACGACAAUAUCAAGGACGUGCGGGUCAAGCAGAGUUUGCUCAACGCCACUAUGAAAACAUUCUUUGCUCGGUCUCCUGAAACCCAGCGCAUGCUGGGUCGCCUUUUGAUGAAGGUGACGGACGAUGUCAGUUCGCAGGAUCUCCACGACCGAGGAUUGCUCUACUAUAGGCUAUUGAGGUCUGGAGCGGAUCCAACCACGGUAUUGAAACACGUGAUUUCAAAUUCCAAGUCAGUCAUCCCUGCCGAUGUCCAUUUCACGGAAGACGACGACAAAGAAUUGCGCGCCGAGCUCAUGACGGAGUUUGACUCACUGGCUACCAUUUACGGCAAAGCCUCUGUCAAUUUCAUCAAACCGGAAUACCAAGUUGUUUACAAAAAGAUGCCCCCCGAGCAUCCACUGGAACUCGGAGCGGGUUCUUCUGCCGGAGCAGCCGCGGCACAGGUGCCAAUGGCUCCCCAGGACAUGCCGCAGCCCGCGGCCGUCGCUGCCGCUGCUCCUCCUCCAGUCGACGACAUGGUUGGAGACCUGCUCGGAUUCGACACCCCCGCACCGGCGGCCCCCGCACCCGCGGCGUCGUCGGCCCCCACGCUUUCGCUGGCAAUGGACGCCACCAUGUCGGGAGAAGUAUACCAGGAAAAGUGGGGUGCAAUCUGCUCGGACGCCGACGCAGUGGUCGAGAUGGUGGGUUUGCCGUCUGUUCCCACCGCCACCAGCACGAUCGAAUCGGCCCUGGCCGGCAUCGGAAUCAAGACCAUGGCCAGCGGGCAAACGGGUCCCGGCGAGUUCAAGCUGUACCUGUUUGGCAUCGACAACGACGGUUCCGUCAUUCUGAUCCAGGCCAACAUUUCCGACUCGGGAGGCGAGGCACUCAUGAUUCUGACCAUCAAGAUCGAAUCGGCGGCGGCCGCCACCGAGAAGGCGAGCCUGCUGGUUCCGAUCAUCCAGAAUGCCCUGCGAUAGAACUCGGUGUGUUGCAAGGGCAAAAUAUCCACGAAUUGGUUUGUCAAAAUAAAGAAGCAGUAUUAUAAUAAAAAAUUAAUUUUGAC